AUGACCUAUUUUAACCUGAGCGACGCUGUCAGUCUGUCACAAAAGGAAUAUUCUUGCUCAAAAAGUUCGAGUCAUUCGUAAACCUCAAUUUUUUAGAGUAACAAUAAAAUAGUGAUAAUUAUUAAUGGAAGAAAUAGGAAUUAUUUUACCAGAUAAGGACAUGUGUGAAAUUGAUUCCAAACCGGCCAUUGGACAUUAUGCUGCUUUGGAGGAGUUGGACAUUGAAGAUCUUUACACGAAAUAUAAGAAACUACAGCGAAUGUUAGAGUUUCUGGAAGUACAGGAAGAAUAUAUAAAAGAUGAACAACGAAAUUUGAAAAAAGAGUAUUUACACGCUCAGGAAGAAGUAAAACGAAUACAAAGUGUUCCAUUAGUUAUUGGACAAUUUUUAGAAGCAGUUGAUCAAAAUACUGGUAUCGUUGGUUCAACAACUGGUUCGAAUUAUUAUGUUCGCAUUUUGUCAACAAUUGAUAGGGAAUUGUUAAAACCAUCUGCUAGUGUUGCUCUUCAUAAACACAGUAAUGCAUUAGUAGACGUUCUUCCACCUGAGGCAGACUCCAGUAUAUCAAUGCUUCAAGCUGAUGAAAAGCCUGACAUUCAAUACAGUGAUAUUGGAGGAAUGGAUAUGCAAAAGCAGGAAAUUCGAGAAGCUGUGGAAUUGCCACUUACACAUUUUGAAUUGUAUAAGCAAAUUGGUAUUGAUCCCCCUAGGGGUGUAUUGAUGUAUGGACCACCAGGAUGUGGUAAAACGAUGCUCGCUAAAGCUGUUGCCAGACAUACAACAGCUGCAUUUAUUCGCGUUGUGGGAUCGGAAUUUGUGCAAAAAUAUUUGGGAGAAGGACCUAGAAUGGUUAGAGAUGUUUUUCGUUUAGCUAAAGAAAAUUCACCGGCUAUUAUUUUUGUUGAUGAAAUUGAUGCAAUUGCAACUAAACGUUUUGAUGCCCAAACUGGAGCAGAUCGGGAGGUUCAACGUAUUCUUCUUGAAUUAUUAAAUCAAAUGGAUGGUUUUGAUCAAACUACUAAUGUCAAAGUUAUUAUGGCUACCAACAGGGCCGAUACAUUGGAUCCAGCGCUAUUGCGUCCUGGGAGAUUGGAUCGAAAAAUUGAAUUUCCAUUACCUGAUCGACGACAAAAGCGUUUGAUAUUUUCAACGAUAACAACAAAAAUGAAUUUAAGCGAGGAAGUUGAUUUGGAGGAUUAUGUUGCGCGACCAGAUAGAAUUUCCGGUGCUGAUAUUAAUGCAAUUUGUCAAGAGGCUGGUAUGCAUGCGGUGCGAGAAAAUCGUUACAUUGUUUUGGCUAAAGACUUUGAAAAGGGUUACAAGAAUAAUAUCAAAAAAGACGAGUCUGAACAUGAAUUCUAUAAAUAAGCGUAUAGUGUUAGAAAAAUAAAAAAUCUAUCCGCUUUUUUUCCUGACUCACAAUAUUUUAAGCUAUUGUAAUUGAUUUAUAUAUUAAAUACAAAUUUGAUUCACAAAA